AUGGAGAUCAUCAGCAGAACGUCAGGAGAACAUCAGCAGAACGUCAGAACAUCAGCAGAACGUCAGGAGAACAUCAGCAGAACGUCAGGAGAACAUCAGCAGAACGUCAGGAGAACAUCAGCAGAACGUCAGGAGAACAUCAGCAGAACGUCAGGAGAACAUCAGCAGAACGUCAGGAAAACAUCAAUAGAAAGUCAUAAGAACAUCUGCAGAAUCACUUCUGGAAAGGUGCGAAGCAGAGCAUUGAUACCAACCACCAACGGAGAGUCCAACGAACCACCAACGGAGAGUCCAACGAACCACCAACGGAGAGCCCAACGAACCACCAACGGAGAGACCAACGAACCACCAACGGAGAGUCCAACGAACCACCAAUGGAGAGCCCAACGAACCACCAACGGAGAGCCCAACGAACCACCAACGGAGAGUCCAACGAACCACCAACGGAGAGUCCAACGAACCACCAACGGAGAGCCUAACGAACCACCAACGGAGAGUCCAACGAACCUCCAACGGAGAGCCCAACGAACCUCCAACGGAGUCCAACGAACCACCAACGGAGAGUCCAACGAACCACCAACGGAGAGCCCAACGAACCACCAACGGAGAGUCCAACGAACCACCAACGGAGAGCCCAACGAACCACCAACGGAGAGCCCAACGAACCACCAACGGAGAGCCCAACGAACCUCCAACGGAGAGCCCAACAAAUCACCAACGGAGAGUCCAACGAACCACCAACGGAGAGCCCAACGAACCUCCAACGGAGAGCCCAACGAACCUCCAACGGAGUCCAACGAACCACCAACGGAGGGCCCAACGAACCACCAACGGAGAGUCCAACGAACCACCAAGAGUACAAAGUGUACUAAUGUCUUGUCCCCAUCUUCUGCUACGCUAACGACCACUGAAGAAAAUGGGACGCUAGAGAAGGAGGACAAGUGUAAACACAGACAAGUUAAGCUGGCGGCAUUAAUUAAGCAUCACUUCAGCGGUAUUUUUGAGUGGAACUCCGGGUGA